AUGUCGGAUCCAAAGUAUUUUAACCAGAGUGGGUAUGCCGGUUAUGGCUCUUAUGAGGCGCAAAGUAGCUCCAAUGCGUGGGGAGAGCAGAAUCCCGCGUGGACGGGCUCGCAAGGGGUUGUCGGGUAUGCCUCGUACGCGGGGACUGCGAGUUAUUCAUUUGGCAAUUCACAAUCCCAGCCUCCCGCGAUGGCGGGCGGGGCAACUUCGAUGGGAUUGUAUAAUACAACCUCCAACCCAACCACCACCUCGUUGUAUGAUCAACUUCAACAGCCUGUCCCCACCACAGCGGCAAGUGGAUACGCUAAUGUCAUUUCUAAUAAUUCAGCUGCUUAUUCCACCCCUGAUAACUUUUCGAAACCAACCCAACACCCCAAUUCGAAGGCCACCACCCUUUAUCGUGAGUCCAGUGCCCUCGGUAUGGCCUCUGCUUUCCGCACGUCGGUGGGGGGCGAGGGUGGCGGGUAUUAUACGGCCCCCAACCAACUUCAAUACCCAAUCCCCAGUUCGUCUUCCGUGGGUUAUCCUAACACGACCACAAACUCCACCAAUCCGCCGGUGGGUUCACCCCAGGAUAACGCCUACGCGAAUCCCAUAUCGAGUUCCCAGGGCCCGGCGUCGGGGAUGAACGCGGUGGAUAAAAAUAAGCCGUUGAAUGCCGAAAAGCUUUAUCACCCGCGUACCGUUCCGAAUCGCUCGGUUGAUAUCUGCUCCGCGCCGAACCCUUCGCGGGACAUUGUCUACACCACCAUUCCUCAGGAGAUCCACACGAGCGCCGCCCUUCAGCCCUUCUCUUCCGUGGAUUUUGUCGGCCUCGAUGACGGCAAUGCGAACGCGAAGUUCAUCCGCCUAACGCAAAAUCCCGUUUUUCUCAACAAAACGCAAUUCAACGACGCGAAUAUCCCCUUUGGUGCGGUUCUUUCCCCCCUCCACCAGCCCCUUCACGAGGCGGAAAAGAUGCCGUUGGUGAAGGAUCGCCCGCCCAUUCGCUGCCAGCGCUGUCGGGGUUAUCUUUCCUGCCAUACCAAGUUCGUCGAAAUGGGAAAAAAGUGGCAAUGCCCGUUGUGUGGGAUGGUGAACCCCGUCGAGGAGUCUUUUUUUUGCAAUUUGGACGGAAAAGGAGAGCGGGUGGAUCGCAUGACGAGGCCGGAGCUCUGUCGGGGGGCCGUGGAGUAUGUGGUGGAUGACUAUCCCGAGUAUUUGUUGUACUCCGACAAAAACGAGGUGAUCCCGUCAAGGCCGCUGCAUUACUUAUUUCUGAUCGACGUUUCGAAGGCCGCGUUGAUGUCGUUUUUGCCGCGCUAUGUCGAGGCCUUGGAAGGGGCGGUGGAACGGAUGGCCGCGGGAGAUCCCCGACUUCGGGUUUCGUUUAUUACGUUUGCCUCGCGGCUCCAUUUUUACCACUUUCGCGACCCCCGCCGCCCGCAGUUUUGCGUUUCGGACGUCGACAGCCCCUUCGUCCCGAUCCCCUUCGCGACCGUCGGGUGGUUGGAGGUGGGGCCGGAGCUGGAGACGAUUCGCGGGUUUUUGCGAAGCGUUUUGCAGUACGCGGGGGAUUUGCAAGAAACGGGGUGUGUGGUGGGGGCCGCCGUGCAGGCCGCGAUGUUUGUCCUCGCCGGGCAGCAUGGCGGGCGGGUGAUUCUCUGCGCCCAUCAAUAUCCCCCAACCGGCCUCGGCGCCAUCACGCCGCGGGAGCAGUUCAAACUCGCGAACGUGGAGAACGAAAAGGAGCUCCUGCGGCCGAUCGAGGGGUUCUGGAAGACCACCGCGGUGGCCGCCGCGCGGCAGCAGAUCUCCUUCGAUCUUUUUCUUUUUUUUAAUAAUUACUGCGAGCUGGUGACCUUGUCCUACCUUGCCCACCUCACGAACGGGGGGGUUCAUCUCUUUUCAAAUUACGACCCCGACGUCGACGGGACAAAAGUGCGGGCGUUGAUGGAGCAGAUCGCCGCGGAUGAGUCCGGCUACGCCGGCAUCCUGCGCGUGCGCUGCAGUUCCGGCCUUACCGUUCAGCGCUAUCACGGCCAUUUCUUCUCGCAAACGGUGCACGAUAUGGAUUUGCCGAAUAUCGGCGGGGGGUCCACGUUUUUUGUCGAGUUCGCUCACGAGGACGAGCUGGAAAGGCAGGCCUACGCCUACUUUCAGGUUGCCCUUUUGUACACCACACGCGGCGGGAGCCGACGCGUCCGAAUCCAAUCGGUCCGCGCGACGACGGCAAACAACCUCUCCCACGCUUUCACCGGUUCCGAUCUCGAGGCGGUCUUGGCGGGAUUCAUUUACAAAUCCUUGGAUGAGGCCGUAAACAAGGGCCUAAAACACGCCCGGGAGUAUUUAAAUGUGCACCUCGUCAACUCCCUCGCGAACUACCGCCGGUUUUGCACAAAGAUGUCGAAUUCCAAGGCGUUGCUUAUGCCUUCUCGUUUAAGGCUCCUCGCGCUUUAUAUUUUAUGUUUACUGAAGUCCGACGCCCUGGCGGAGGGGACCGGCGUCCGAAUCGAUGAGCGCAGCAGCAAUGUUUUUAAGCUUCUUUCCAUGCCCAUGAAUCACCUUCUUUCCUACUUUUACCCCGCGCUCUACAGCCUGCACGAUACUAUCUGUGAGGGCUCUGGAUAUGGCGUAAUUAAUGAAAUCACGCAGCGAUGCAAUUUACCCCCACGAUUGCAGUUGAUUUAUGAUAAUAUCGUAACCUGCGGGGUGUAUUUGCUCAGCGAUGAGCAGGUACGGGUGGUUUAUAUGUGGAUCGGCUCAAAAGUCACCCCGGAGGUUUCCCAGCUUCUUUUUGGGGUUCCCGAUGUAGAAAUGGUGUACCGCGGUGAGGGCAGUGCGACUUUUGAUAACUUUGACCCGCGUAUUCAAAAUAUCAUCUGCGCGUUAACUUACCGCGAAGACGGGAUGCGGCGGCUCGUUGUGAUUCACCAGGGGGAGCGCUCCGAGGAGGCGUUCUUUAAGCAGCUAAAAGAGGAAAAGGAGUCGAGUAUGUGUAGCUAUGACGAGUGGCUAUCGCAGCUUCAUACAAAAGUGCGAAACAGUAUUAUUUAG